AUGAAGGCCAUCUUGCUGCUCUUUGCUGCCCUGGCUGUGGCCGUGGGGCCAGCCCGGGCCCUCCGCUGUCAUGUGUGCGUCAGCUCCACUGACUGCAAGCACCCACAGGAGUGCUCGCCCAGCUCGAACUUCUGCAAGACCAUAACCACAGUGGAGUCUCUGUCCGGGAACCUGGUGAAGAAGGAAUGCACAGAAAAAUGUGUGCCCAUCCAAACCCAGCAAGGCCAGCUCAGCAGCAGCACUGCCAUCCAGUGCUGCCAGGGUGACCUGUGCAAUGAGAGGCAGACCAGCGCUGCACCCGCCCGCGCCCCGCUGUCCCACACCAUCCUCAGCCUGGGGCUGGCCUGGGGCCUGCUCGCCCUCCUCUUGGCCCCCAAUCUUUGA